AGUUAAAUCUCCCUCUGAAGACCACGUGAACGCGUCACGUGACCCCCCGCGCACAGUCCACUUCCGCAUCCCCGUUAUGCUGCAAUAACACGUCAGGUGGAGUCGGUCUUUCUCGACCUUUCAGGUGUGCUCACCUCCGCGCAGCGGCUGUCCGCUCGUGUAGCAGCAGACACGCCUCCGUCUGAGCUCCUGACAGCGAAGCUGCGAGCUUCCGGUCAGCUCCGGGCCGCGGAGGCGCUGCUUCCCGGUCGGGCUAACACAGCUGUUCGGAGCCGUGGAGGCGUGAAGCAGCCGAGCAGCUCCAAGGUGACAGGCUGCAGGUGGAGGUGCAACACCUGAGCGCCCUGCAGGUGUGGCGUUUAAAACGGGUCAUCGCUGGAACCAGGGGCAGUUGGAGGCAGCUAGCCGUUCGGCUAACAACCUGAUUGCUAACAGGCUCCAUGACGAUCGAUCAUCCCAUCUGAUCAGAGGAUGUAUCCGCCCCCCAGGAAGGACUUCAUCGCUCUGACACUAAGUGACCCACACAGUCGCGACGCCUACAACAACGGAAAACACCGGAGACGGUCCUGCUGGAGGAAAUGGAAGCAGCUGUCUCGGCUGCAGCGGAGCCUCAUCCUGUUCCUGCUGAUUCUGCUGCUCGUGGUAGGACUGCUGUUCUACCCCAGCGUGUCAGAGCAGUGGAGAGGUUGGUCCGAUAAGGAGGAGUGGCUGGAGCUGAACGACAGAGGCUUUAAGGCGGAGCUGAGUCCUGCACCAGGAAGAGCUCCGGCUCCGGUGGUACAGCCGCAUUUGGGAGAUGCUGCUGCGGAUCCAGUCGCUUUGGCAAAACCCAAAGAGCCUCAUGUCCCCGUUUUGGCCAAGCUUCCCGCAAAGAGAAAAACAUCUUUGAACAAAAGAGGUCCCCCCAGCCUUCAAAAAGAUGCCAAUGUGUCGCGCCUUAACGGAGGGGGAAAACCAGACGUGGCUCCACAGGAAGCAGGUGAAGAAGAGGAGGAGGACAAAGACAAGACCAUCGUCAGCUGGAGAGGGGCGAUGAUCGAAGCGGACCGCGCCACAGAGCCCUCCCCGUCAGCCGCUCCAAAAGAAGCCGCGGCGCCCCCGCCACCCAUCGACCCCACCGCCGCCGCCGCCACACUGGAGGUUUCCUCUGGGAAUGUCAGCAGACUGGAGGCGGUGCGUGACGCCUUCAGGCACGCGUGGAAAGGCUAUAAGGACUAUGCGUGGGGUCACGACGAGCUCAAGCCCAUCUCAAAGUCUUUCAGCGAGUGGUUUGGGCUGGGGCUGACGCUCGUCGACUCGCUGGACACCAUGUGGAUUCUGGGCCUGAAAGAAGAAUUUGCUGAAGCAAAGAGCUGGGUGGAAAACGAGCUGUCCUUCGACAAGAACGUGGACGUGAAUCUUUUUGAAACCACCAUCCGAGUCCUGGGGGGGCUGCUCAGCACCUACCACCUAUCAGGAGAGCAGGUCUUUCUGGAGAAAGCUAAAGACCUAGGUUCCAGAUUGAUGCCAGCGUUCAAAACCCCCUCAAAGAUCCCGUACUCUGAUGUCAACAUCGGGAAGGGGACGGCACACCCCCCCAGGUGGACGUCGGACAGCACAGUGGCUGAAGUCACAAGUAUCCAGCUGGAGUUUCGAGAGCUGAGCCAUCUCACCCAGGACCCCCAGUACCAGGAGGUCGUGAAUGAAGUAUCAAAGCUGGUCCACCAACUGCCGGGCAAACAUGACGGCCUGGUGCCCAUGUUCAUCAACACCAACAGUGGCCAGUUCAGCCACAAAGGAGUCUUCACUCUGGGCGCCCGAGCAGACAGCUACUAUGAAUACCUGCUCAAACAGUGGAUCCAGGGCGGAAAGACGGAGGACCACUUGUUGGAGGACUACCUGCAGGCCAUAGAGGGAGUGAAAAAGCACCUUGUGAGACAGACGGGACCCAGCAGGCUGACCAUCGUUGGAGAGCUGUCUCACUACCGCUUCAGCGCCAAGAUGGAUCACCUGGUGUGUUUCCUGCCAGGGACCCUGGCUCUGGGGGUCCACAACGGUCUCCCAGGAGACCACAUGGAUCUAGCUGUGCAGCUCAUGGAGACCUGUUACCAAAUGUACAAACAGAUGGAGACCGGGCUGAGUCCAGAGAUCGCACACUUCAGCCUGCAGGGCGGCGCUGGCCAGGAUGUGGUUGUCAAGCCUGCAGAUGGACACAAUUUACUGAGACCAGAAACCGUGGAGAGCCUGUUCUACAUGUACAGAUUCACCAAGAACGCCAAGUACAGAGACUGGGGGUGGGACAUCCUGCAGAGCUUCAACAAGUACACAAAGGUGCCGAACGGAGGCUACACAUCUAUCAGCAAUGUCCGGGACCCUGCCAACCCUGGACCCCGCGACAAAAUGGAGAGUUUUUUUCUGGGUGAGACGCUGAAGUACUUGUAUCUGCUCUUCUCUGAUGACAUGGAGCUGCUCAGUCCAGACAAGUACGUCUUCAACACGGAGGCCCACCCUCUCCCCAUAUGGCCGUCUCCUCCCAAGUGACGAGGCGUGUGAAAAUGCUCCUCCGGGCAUCCGUCUGGGCUGCACCGCUCAGCGGAUCUGCGCUGCCCCCUAGGUUUGCUUUAUUUUUCCUAAGGAAAAGUCUGUGACGGAGCUGGCCUCUGAUGUAAAGAAGUUUGUGGAAAAAAACAUGGAGCUGGUUUGUGACAGGAGAGGUUCACUGAAUAUAGGAGGCGGAGCCCUCAUCAUGGAGCACCGUGAACAUCUUCACCUCGGCUGUGACUGAAACGAGUCAAGGACCAAGUUCCUGUUUGAAGGAGAACAGCAGUCGGAGCCUUCAGCCUCCUUCAUGGAGGCCCUCACUUCUUAAGACAAAACAUGCAUGCUUUUUCUAAACGGACUCCUGAAAGUGAAGUUUGUGGGCGGUUCCAGCGGGCGGUUCCAGCGGGCCGCUGACCCAAAGCCGUCCUGGUUUCCGUGGUUGGAGUUCCUGUGGCCUGCUGCUGCAGCUUUGUCUGCUCAGGGUUCCUGAAGGUCCAGAGUCAUCAGUCAGCUCACCACUUUGAAUGGAGCCAUAGUCAUUCUGGGCGGAUGCUCUUUUUCUCCCGUUGGGGGCUCGAACCUGUGUGCUGGUGUCAGUGUUCGCUCUUCACCAUGGUUAAUGUCAGUAAAGAGGAACAGUUAAAACGGCUUUCAUAACUUUUGAUUCACAGAGCGUCACUUUUUCACAAGAAUUUAAAAAAAAAUGACAGAGUUACAAAGAGAGGCAUCGUAAAACAUGUUAUUCCAUUUAUCCAUGGGAAGUCCAGAAAUGCAGCAGUGAUGGGUUUUUGACUUGAACUAAAAUGUCACCAUACAACAUGCAGAGGGACUGAAGUCGGCUGGACUGGAGCCUCAUGUAAAAACAGGCGGUAAAAUAUGCGUUGAGACCAACUAGUUACUGAAACUAAUUUUGUUUUACAUCACUAGAGAAACUGAUUUAAAUGUGAUGCUUUUUCAACUGGAAAAAGUCAUUUUUAGGUUGCUUUGACACAGAUUUAGCUUAAAAAAGCUCAGAGAACUCUGAUCUUCAUCCAGGAAAUCACAUUGUUUAAUUAUCAUGAAUUUAUUUGAAUAAUGGUGCAGAAAAUGAAGAUUUAGCUCCGGCAAAUAAGACCUUCACACCCUAAUAAGGUCUUCUUGAAGAAGCUCUUCUAUCCUUCACUCAUAUUAUAUUAUCACAUAAUAUUUUUUUUUAUAAAGGUGUUUACAUUUGGAUCUUUUCUGCUUUAUUCUGACACCAAGAGGUCAUGCAGAUGUUUUAGCAUCAGCUCUGAGUGCUGAUCCGGGGGGGGUUGACAAUUAAGGUUUGUGCUUAAUAUGAUGAAUUUAUUUAUAAUGUAACUUAAUAUUAAUCAUUGGGUUUCAGUCCUGUGCCAUAAACUUUUCUUCUGCUUUAAAAACGCCCCCUCCCUUUUUUUUGUGGCCAUGAUCACAAAAAUCAAAUAGUUUCCUGUCAACCAUUAACACAGAGACUCGUCUAAACCAGCCUUCUGCUAGCAUAAGAUAACUUAACUUAAUAUUACACUUACACUGAAUUUCUUAAACACUCAGAAAUGCUGCUGUCAUGUGUAUCCUGUCUGUUUGCAACACUUUUCCUGGAUUACACAGCACUACGUUGGAUUUUUGCUGAAAUUCUCUUUUCUUUUUUAUAAAAUUACAUUCCUCAAAAGUGUAAAACCUUUUUCAUUUUACAUUUAGUUUGUUUUUUCUUAAAGCCAAACAAAUGUCCCCCUCAUUUGGUGUGUGGAUGAAUGUGUGAUGUGCAUUGCCUGUAUAGGAGAACUGGACGAUGUGACUGUCAAAAUCACCAUUCUUGCUCUCCUACCUUUUUUUUAAAACGUUCAUGAUAAUCCUUGUUUUUUUCCAGGAUAUAUUUUUCUUUAUUGCAAUUUAUUCAAAUUACAAGCUGACCAAUCAGAUGCCUGAGUAAAUGCAUGUGGUGUCUUCUGACCUCAACCUUUGAUUGACAGAUUCUUCUGAGCUGGCUUUCAGUGGAAGGGGCGUGGACUUUCAACAAGCUCACUCCUGAUUGGUGACAGUAGUUGCCAUACCUCGUCUGACUCCAACGCUGCGGUGGAUGUAUUGCAAAAAAAUAAAAAGCGACUGAAUUGACUUAAUUUGGUUGGAGCUGACGGCACACUCGCUCAGUCCAGUUCUCAAUUACAGUCAAGAUGAAAAAAACUAGUCAACAAAGAUUUAUUCAUUUAGCUUUUAAACCAAUUUUCUUUCCCUUUUGGGGUCAUGGGGCUGCUGGAGCCUAUCCCGACCACUCGUGGGCGAAGGCAGGGGACAUCCUGGACGGGUCUCCAGUCUGUCGCAGGGCCUUGAACAAAGAUUUCACAGUAAAUCAUCUGACAGGCAGUCUGCGUUUUCUGCACCUUCAUCAAGAGCCACAGACGUCCAACAAAAAAGUUUGUUCAGAACAAAUCGGAGCUCGUUUUGGGGAAAAUGUCUUUUCCAAACAGCUCUCGCUGCUGUGUUUCUCUUCAAGAUCUUCAUGGCUUCCCGUCUCCCUGAGGCUUGUGGAGUCUGAACUGUAACUCUCGGGUCUUCAACCAGAACUUGGUCUGAACCAGCUGGUUAAGACCUUCACUGACUGCAGAUUCACUUUUGUCCAGUUGAUAAGUUACUUAUUCCCCUCUAAUGUGAAAUCUUGGAAUUCUCUGUAAAUAUUUAAAAACGAUUUUUAAUUUAUGUAAAAAUGUAUGAUAUGGAUUUUAUUUGAUUUCUAUAUUAUUAAACUGACCAUCAGAUGUCA